AAGAAGAAGAAAGUUCACCCAAAGUACCAGUCAACUGAGCAGAGUAAUGCACUUGUUAACUGGCACAAAAAGAUGAUUGAUCGCAAGAAACAACAAGGAUACAUCUCAACCCUCCUCCAGAAAGCCCCAGAGCAGCUGGUCAUGAACCAGGCAGACAAUUAUCGCAAGACACAGGAGACACGAUACUUGAUAGACCGAUCUAUUCCAGCAAUGGAUUAUGGGAAGGGCUAUCGUAUCGGCAGUGAGUUCUGGAAACAGCAAGAGAGAAUUGGAGAUGACAUAACAGGGAUGCAUAUGACAUUGACACAGACCGAGAGAGGGUACCCUGCUCCUGUAGACCACAUUGAUGUACCUCAGAGUAUCAAGGAAGAGAAAGGAGAGACGGAUUAUAAGAAAGGUUCAUUUUGGCAGAGGCCCAAGACCCCCAUCCACUACCCAUGGCACAAGUCCCCAUAUCUACAAGACAGGACUAAGCAGUUGGCGCCCGUCAUUAAUGACCUUGACCCUCACAAGCCAGAAUUGACCAACCUUGAGAUAAUAGGGACCUCCAACCCUUACCCUAAGACCCCCUCUAAGCAGCAGAUAGAGGAAGAUGGACCAACCAUCAUCUCUGAUGGAGGGAUGACAGCAUCUUUAGAUGAAGAAGAGUUGAACUUGGAUCCAUUACGUAACCACCCUGAUGUAAUCCCAGCACCCAUAUUUGGCCCCUCUCUCCAAUUUGCCCAACAAGCUGCACGUUGGACUGGUGACUCCCAUAGUUUUGAGGGUAGAGUUGGACUUGAGGCCCGUGUGUCAUUCGAGUGCUACUCAGGACAGCGUUGCACAUCUUUUCUGGAGAUCAAAAAUGAUGGCACUACAAGUAUUUAUUUUGACUGGAAGAGAUUACCUAAGACCAACCCAUUUGACAUUGUGAAUGCCAGGGUUCAGCGUUUCUACUUUGACACAAGCAAUGGUGUGAUUCUCCCUGGUGAUACAAUGAAGUUCCCAUUUGUUUUCAAAUCCCCGAAUUCUGGGGUUUUCACGGAGCAAUGGCAAUUUGAGACAAAGCCUGUUGUAUGUGGUGGUGCCGCCCUAAUGGUUACCUUGAGAGGUGUGGCUCUACAGGAAGAUAAAUUCUAUGAGCAGAGGAGGGAACUUGAGAAAGAGCUAGCACGAAAACAGGCUGAACAGAUAAUCCAGCAGAUCCUCCAUGACAUUACAGAUGGUAUUAAGACACCUGAUCGGGCGCUGUCUCCUAUAGAUGCCUACAUUACAGAUGAGGAGAUAUUCCAGCGGGAGAACACUGAGAUGCACUACAACCACGAGGCUGUCAAUGUCCUCAGAGAGCUAUAUAAGGAGUUCUUCCCAGAAGAGGAGCGUGAGUUCCGAGAAUGGGAUCUCUCCGUUCAGAACUUUAAGGAAAUGGUGAUGGGAAUGGAUGAAGAUGAUGAAAGGAAGGAAGAAUUCCUACAGAGGAUGAACUUGGCUAUGAUUACUUUAUCAUUCCCUGCAUUCAAUGCAACACAACAGAAAAUGUACUCUGUUGGGUACCAGUUGUUGAGUGAAGCUGUGGAUGACAUGGUGCAACAGAGUGUCAUGCUAAGAAGUGUGAUGGGUCUACCUGACAAAGAGGAGGAUGAGUUGCCAACUGAUCCAACCUCCUCCUGUAGAUCAACACCUGAACCAGGACGUACCUCUGAUAGCAAGAGGGGACGACCCCCUGAUGGCAAAAAGGCCCAGGAUAAGAAAAAGGACAUUGGCAAACCACCAAAAGGAAAAGAGGCAGGGGCUCCUAAAAAGUCAUCAUCACCCACAAAACAAUUGAAAGGUGGCAUUAGAGGGGUGGGUGACUCGUUGAACAGGACAGGCACACCCACCAGUCUUGCCCCCACCCCGAUACCUGGAGCUGACCCAACCGUGGAUAAAAAAUACAAAGAUAAGCUAUACAUUCAGAUGUACAAACUUCUACAGGAUAGCUUAGAUAAAAUGGACUUUAUGUUUAAAGAUAUACAAACUGUGGAGAACUUUGAUGAACUUGAAAAUCUUAUGAAGACGCUAGGAUAGAAACUAAUGAAAUGUAUUAUGGGACAUUUCCAAAACUGGAAUGAACAACCAAUCAGUUGUUCAUGUUCAGUGAAACUAUUCAAAGGAUCAUACUUUUGAAGCUUUUUGUAUGUUUGCAUAAACUGAUGAAGUGAGCAAAUAUUUGGGAUUAUUUGAUUUGUUAUGAUUGACUUACACCAUAUCUAAGCUUGCAUGUAAACGGUCCAAGCUCCCAUUCCAGUCUUUAGUUUUGAAAGAUGACCCUCAUACAUUUAAAUGUAUUGUUGAAGUUGUUGAAACAAUGAGUUUUGGAUUACUAUUUCCAGCACAAUUCUGUCCAUGAGUUACAAUUCCAUCCAUGAAGCACCAUUCCGUCCAUAAACAGUGUGUAAAUGUGAUAUCAUGUUGUUAUGUAUUAUUUCAUUGAAAUAUAUUUUAAUUAUAUACAAAUAUAAUUUUGAUUUUUAAGUUAGUCACAUACAUCCACUUGGUAGUUCUCUGGCAAAAAUAAAUGAGUACUUACAAAUCU